UUUGUGUUGUACCUGCAGCAUCAUGAACUCGACUUAUUUGGAAAAUGGCACGGACACCAAAAUGAUAUCAACACCAUUAUACAUGUACCUUUGGGUGACUUUUAUGAAUGUUGCUAUGUUUAUUACUGGUUUUUUCGGUAAUACUUUAGUUAUAAUAGUGAUUCUGAGAUACAAGAAUAUGAAGACCAUUACUAACUGCUGUUUACUGAAUUUAAGUAUGUCAGAUCUACUUACUCUCACCAUAUGUCAGACUUCGGCCCUGAUGGAGUUCUUUAGUCAUGAUAGAUGGAUACUUGGAGAAGCUUUAUGUCAAAUGAUACCAUUCCUUGAGAUUCUGGUGACACAUGCGUCUAUUCUGAUCAUGCUUGGGAUAAGUUAUGGCCGAUAUUUUGCAGUGUGUUAUCCUUUAGAAAGUUAUUCUACAUGCAGUCGAACUCGUGCCUUUAUGAUGAUGGCGUCGGCAUGGAUUUUUGCGGGAAUUUCAGCUAUGCCGUUCAUAUUCAUGUCACACACCGAAACGGCAAAAUUCACAAAUGACAAUACUGAGGUGACUGUUUGUCGGACACAUAUUUCUCAGGUUUGGCAACGAAUAUUUAUCGUUGUAAGUUUUAUUGCUUUCUUUGUAAUUCCGUGCUUUAUUUUAGCUUUCGUUUAUUCAAAAACAAUAUACACAGUGAUUACAGAAUCGAAGAAAAUCGAAAAUGCUACAAAUGUAUCGAAACAAAACUCGAUGAAAUCAAGACAACAGCUAGUUGUUAUGCUGUUGAUGAUAGUCAUUCUUUUCUUUUUGUUUGUACUGCCCAUGCGCAUAGUUAUAUUAUGGCUAGUAUUCGAAAAUCCUCGUACUAUUGGAUCUCUCGGGUUCGAAGGUUAUUAUAACAUAAUUUGGAUCGCCCGAGUGUUGCAGUACACUAACAGUGCAGUGAAUCCUAUAAUAUACAACGUUUUUUCUGUCAAAUUUAGGAAAGCCUUUGCUAAACUUUUAUUUUCAAGCAAACGUCAAACACGGCAGCUUUCGUUGACAAGCAGUGGUGGUAGGACAGCUAUUAGAUACAGUUUUGUUAAAUCUUCAAUAAAAGAAACCGAAUUUCAUUGAAAACACGCCAAUAACGUCAUAAAGUUACUCUAUUUUUAUUUUUAGAG